AUGAACCCACUUGAUGCAACAAAAUCGGGAUUUUUAGUGUGUAUUGCUGUCUGUAUGUUCAUCUACACUUUUAUCUACCUAAAGGAUACACUUUCUGAAGAGCCAAAUGAUCAAAGAUUUAAUGCAAAUAUAGCAGAGUGUGGCUUUUACCCAGAUGAACUUUGUUCAGCUCUUUUUGCGGGGAAGACUGCUGCCUUUAAAAUUGGAAACUUUUGUCAGAACACCUACCAACCUAAAACACUCAGCUGCAUUCAGACUUCAUGCAACUGCUCCACGGUUUUGAAGACUCUGCAUUUUAUCACACGACCACUGUCAGAUGAAGAAGGAAAUUUCUCAUUGGCAUACAUUAUCACAAUUCACAAGGAGCUGGAAAUGUUUGUAAAGCUGCUAAGAGCUAUUUAUAUGCCUCAGAAUAUUUACUGCAUCCAUGUUGAUGAAAAGACACCAAAACAUUAUAAAGCUGCUGUACACAGCAUCAUUAAUUGCUUUGAAAAUAUUUUUAUUUCCUCAAAAAGAGAAAAUGUUGUCUAUGCAGGAUUUUCAAGAUUACAAGCUGAUAUUAAUUGCAUGAGAGACCUAGUUCAUUCUAAAAUUCAGUGGAAUUAUGUAAUUAAUCUAUGUGGUCAAGAUUAUCCCAUUAAAACAAACAAAGACAUUAUACAAUACAUCAAAACUAAAUGGAAUGGUAAAAAUAUGACUCCCGGGGUAGUCCAACCACUUCACAUGAAACACAGGACACAGGUUAGUUACAGAGAAUAUGUAAGUUCUGGAAUGUCAUACGUGUAUCCAACAAAGAAUAUAAAAGCUAAACCUCCAUAUAAUUUGACAAUAUAUUUUGGUAGUGCCUAUUACAUACUCACUAAAGAAUUUGUAGAGUUUACAUUGACUGAUGCACGUGCAAAAGAUUUGCUUGAAUGGUCAAGAGACACGUACAGUCCGGAUGAACACUACUGGGUCACACUGAACCGUUUAAAUGAUGCUCCAGGGGCUACACCCAAUGCAGACUGGGAAGGAAACAUACGAGCCAUUAAAUGGAAAGAUCAAGAAGGAACCAUACACAAAGGCUGCAAAGGUCAUUACAUCAGAGACAUUUGUGUCUACGGACUAGGGGAUUUGCAGUGGAUUAUUGAGUCUCCUCAUCUGUUUGCCAACAAAUUUGAGCCUGCAACAUACCCACUGGUUAUGGAUUGCCUGGAGAGACGCCACAGGCUUAAAGUACUGCACCAGGCAGAAGUCCCGAUUGAAGACCACUGGCGUUUUCAGGAAGAGAACUACUUCAACAUGAAGCUGAAUGUUUGA